AUGGGCAACACCACUUCUGCAGUGCUCGACAACAUCGUCGAGGGGUCGAACUUCGACCGGGACGAGGUUGAGCGUUUGCGAAAGAGAUUCAUGAAGUUGGACAAGGUAUGGAACACAUGCGCGCGCGUGCACUACGAGCUUGACUCUCUAGAGGCCACAAGCCGGGCUCAAGGCGGGUGUGCUAACCGGGCCAACUUCAAACAGGACAACUCCGGCACGAUCGAGCGAGACGAGUUCCUCAGCCUUCCGCAGAUAUCUUCCAAUCCUCUAGCUACCAGGAUGAUCGCGAUCUUUGACGAGGACGGCGGCGGCGACGUCGACUUCCAAGAGUUCGUGUCGGGCCUGAGCGCGUUCUCGGCCAAGGGCAACAAGGAGCAGAAGCUCCAGUUCGCCUUCAAGGUCUACGACAUUGACCGCGACGGCUACAUCAGCAACGGCGAGCUCUUCAUCGUGCUCAAGAUGAUGGUCGGCAGCAACCUUAAGGAUCAGCAGCUGCAGCAGAUCGUCGACAAGACCAUCAUGGAGGCCGACCUCGACAACGACGGCAAGAUUAGCUUCGAGGAGUUCACCAAGAUGGUGGAGAACACGGAUGUCAGCAUGAGCAUGACACUUGGUGGGUUUCUUCUCCUUCCUUUGGCUCAGUGGGAGGAGCUUUACACCAGUGACAUAUCAGAUGAGCAUGGCUUGGUUCAAGACGAUGAGAAUCCUACGCAGCACCACGGCUGUUGA